GCGGCGGCAGCUGGGCGAGUGACAGCCGCAGCUCCGGGCGCGCGGCAGCCAGAGCGGCGCAGGGAAGCGCCCCGGCCCCGCGACUGCAGCGGCCGCCUUCCCCGCGCUUCCCGGCUACAGCCGGGGCCCCACGCCCCGGGCCACUCAUCGCGGGCUCCCGCGCCCCGCGCGCAAGAUGGCUGACCCGGCUGCGGGGCCGCCGCCGGCCGAGGGCGAGGAGAGCACCGUGCGCUUCGCCCGCAAAGGCGCCCUCCGGCAGAAGAACGUGCACGAGGUGAAGAACCACAAAUUCACCGCCCGCUUCUUCAAGCAGCCAACCUUCUGCAGCCACUGCACCGACUUCAUCUGGGGCUUCGGGAAGCAAGGAUUCCAGUGCCAAGUCUGCUGUUUUGUUGUGCACAAGCGUUGCCAUGAAUUUGUCACUUUUUCCUGCCCAGGCGCUGACAAGGGUCCAGCCUCUGAUGACCCCCGGAGCAAACACAAGUUUAAGAUCCAUACCUACUCCAGCCCCACAUUCUGUGACCACUGUGGGUCCCUGCUGUAUGGACUCAUCCACCAGGGGAUGAAAUGUGACACCUGCAUGAUGAACGUCCACAAGCGCUGUGUGAUGAACGUCCCCAGCCUGUGCGGCACAGACCACACGGAACGCCGAGGCCGCAUCUACAUCCAGGCACACAUCGAGAGGGACGUCCUCAUCGUGGUUGUAAGAGAUGCUAAAAACCUUGUACCAAUGGACCCCAAUGGCUUGUCAGAUCCCUACGUGAAACUGAAACUCAUUCCUGACCCCAAGAGUGAGAGCAAACAGAAGACCAAAACGAUCAAGUGCUCUCUCAACCCCGAGUGGAAUGAGACAUUCAGAUUCCAGCUGAAAGAAUCGGACAAAGACAGGAGACUGUCUGUGGAGAUUUGGGACUGGGAUCUGACUAGCCGGAACGACUUCAUGGGAUCUCUGUCGUUUGGGAUUUCUGAACUGCAGAAAGCUGGUGUUGAUGGCUGGUUUAAGUUGCUGAGUCAGGAGGAGGGCGAGUACUUUAAUGUGCCUGUACCACCAGAAGGAGGCGAAGGCAACGAGGAACUGCGGCAGAAAUUCGAGAGAGCCAAGAUUGGCCAGGGAACCAAGGCUCCAGAAGAGAAGACGACCAGCACCAUAGCCAAAUUUGACAACAAUGGGAACAGGGACCGGAUGAAGCUGAGUGAUUUUAACUUCCUGAUGGUGCUUGGGAAAGGCAGCUUUGGCAAGGUCAUGCUUUCAGAGCGCAAAGGCACAGAUGAGCUCUAUGCUGUGAAGAUCCUGAAAAAAGAUGUUGUGAUCCAAGACGAUGACGUGGAAUGCACCAUGGUGGAGAAGCGCGUGCUGGCCCUGCCUGGGAAGCCGCCAUUCCUGACCCAGCUGCACUCCUGCUUCCAGACCAUGGACCGCCUGUACUUCGUGAUGGAAUAUGUGAACGGCGGUGACCUCAUGUACCACAUCCAGCAGGUUGGCCGGUUCAAGGAGCCUCAUGCUGUAUUUUACGCUGCAGAAAUUGCCAUCGGCCUGUUCUUCUUACAGAGCAAGGGUAUCAUUUACCGUGACCUAAAACUUGACAAUGUGAUGCUGGAUUCUGAGGGCCACAUCAAGAUUGCUGAUUUUGGCAUGUGUAAGGAGAAUAUCUGGGACGGGGUGACCACCAAGACGUUCUGUGGCACUCCAGACUACAUCGCCCCUGAGAUAAUCGCUUAUCAGCCCUACGGGAAGUCAGUCGACUGGUGGGCAUUUGGAGUCCUGCUGUAUGAAAUGCUGGCUGGUCAGGCACCCUUUGAAGGGGAGGAUGAGGAUGAACUCUUCCAGUCCAUCAUGGAACACAACGUGGCUUAUCCAAAGUCUAUGUCCAAGGAAGCUGUGGCCAUCUGCAAAGGGCUGAUGACCAAACACCCAGGCAAACGUCUGGGCUGUGGACCCGAAGGUGAACGUGACAUCAAAGAGCAUGCAUUCUUCCGGUACAUUGAUUGGGAGAAACUUGAACGCAAAGAGAUCCAGCCCCCGUAUAAGCCGAAAUCUUGUGGGCGAAAUGCUGAAAACUUCGACCGAUUUUUCACCCGUCAUCCACCAGUCCUAACACCUCCCGACCAGGAAGUCAUCAGGAAUAUUGACCAAUCAGAAUUCGAAGGAUUUUCCUUUGUUAACUCUGAAUUUUUAAAACCUGAAGUCAAGAGCUAAGUAGAUGUGUAGAUCUCCGUCCUUCAUUUCUGUCAUUCAAGCUCAACGGUUACUGUGGUGACAUUUUUUUUUUCAUUGUGACGCUGCAUCCAUGUUUAUUUGCUGAUGAGACUAGAGUGACCAUGUUCCAGAACCCAAAUGUCCUCAGGUAGUUUGGAGCAUCUCUAUGAGAUGGAAUUAUGCAGAUGUCAUGCUGAAAAUGCUGCUGCAUAAUUAACACAUUAUCCAAGUCCUCUUACAAUUAAUUUUCUCUGGCAUGUCAGCUAAGUAGAGCCAGUAGGGACAGAGAAUGCCUGCUUUCUUUUCCUUCAUUUCUGCAUUGCCAUUUUUUUACAUUCUUCAGCUCCAACCACCCAACCUAGAUUCUUCCGACCCAACGAGUGGAUCAUCGGAUGCUAGCAGUGUUCUUCCACUUCCAGGUCUGGAGCUUGGCUGAUGUCCAAGCAUAUGGUUGCUUUGACUUAGAGGGAAUUCCUCCAUUCUGCCUGGUUUGGAGGCACCGUAAGCCUUGAAAAGAAUGUGCUAAAAAUAAAAUUUUAUUUGUUAUUUUUUUAAACUCAAAGUUAAGGAGAUUAUCUAAGCCCUUUUAAAAUUACAAAACUGUGCUUUUAGAUAGCUGCUAUCUAAAAGCACCUCAAAAGGUCAAAAAGGCAACCAGCUUGGGUGCUGCCUCAAUGCCUUCAUUCCUGACCCUGUAUGUCCCUGAUCACCUUCAUCCCCACACUACUUGGGAAGGGCAUUUGGAACCACUUUCUGAAAGGACAUGGUCAUUCUAGCAAGGUCCCAAAGGACCAUAAUUUUACAUUACAUUUCAAACUUUAUUUGCUUUGGGGUUUUAUUUCUGUUGUUCAAAUGCGAAAGAAAAUACUCACUUUGUUGCACAUGCUCUGAAGUAGAUGUCUUGUUACUAAUCACAAUAACCAACUGAUUUACAAAGAAGACUGUGGCUGGGGCCUAGAGGACCCAUGCCAGAGCAGAUGGGACUGGUUUAGGUUUGUUGCUGGCUUUGGAAAGCUAAUUAAGUGCUCUGAGAAAGACACCAUUUCUCGAAACAGACAGUUGUUUCCUUCUCUUUGAUGCGGUUUUGCAAGAUGUUUGUGGAAAUGUUCAUUUGUAUCUGGAUAUGUGUUAUGUGCCGUUUUUCUUCUAGCAUCGAGAUGCAAUAUUAAAAACAGAAGAAGAAGAAAUGCUAUUUCAAGGAAAAUGGCUCUCUUUGAAAAAUGUCGACCCCAACUUACAAAGUGGGGCUUCCCGCAGCCCUGAGACAGAACGGACUAAACCCAGAGCUUAAUCUUAGUCCUAGUGUUCAGCCAGUUAGGGAGGUGGAGGCUGAGGACCAUUCAAGGACUCCCAGUGGUCUGUAAUAGGGUGGGGUGGACUAAUCAGGGGCUUCCAGUGAUAUCAGAGCCCACAGCCCACAUUUGGGGGUCAGCUAGGAGCAUGGUGAGAGAUCCUGAUUUUCUUAUCAAAAUCACUCCUCCUCCCAGCUUGGACUAAAUAUUCUUUCUAGCAAGCACCUUUAUGAGAUCCCAGUAGCCCAAGAAGAGACUUUCGGUGGGAGAAAUCCCAUUUCUAUCUAAACAGAUAAGGACAGCAAGUGUUCCCCAUCCUUGUCUCCAGGCUCCUGCUAUUCUCAGGCCUACAGAGAAUUCUUAUAACAAGUUGAGUGAUUUCUGGAAGCUCCAGGGCUUCUAAGAGACUAUUAAGGGAACUUUAAAAACUUGACAAGUGUCCUUGAAGUAAAACUUCUCAUCUUUAAGAAAACCACAAUUUGGAUUUGCUGCCAUUCGACCCUUUCUGCCUUCUCGCUUCCUGCUGCAGGCUUUGGGAACAUCUAGAAGGCUCUUGUGGUAAUCCUCUAGACCUCAGGUAAAGCAAACUUGAAUUCCCAGAUGAUAAGUUUAGGCAUUUAGAGAAGGAGGGAAAUUGGGGCAGAACCCCCUCACCUCCCUGCUGGAGAAACUGGCAUCUGGAGAAAGGAAGUGACUUCCCCAAGGUCAGGAGCUGGGAUGCAAACCCACGUUUCCUGAAACUUGGUGCAAGACUCUUUCUGCUCUGUAACUGGCAUCUCUAAGCCAUGCCCACCAAUAGGCAAGUUAGUUGAGGUCCUUCAUCCGGCUGUUAGGGACCAGGCUUUUCCUCAGAUGUGCUCUCUCAGGAAGGUAAAAACCAUGAAGAAACAUUGGGUGGUUGACAAAUGACCUGAGACAACUUUAGAGACCAAUGUAGUUAGGUAGAUAGGUAGGUAGGGUAGAUGGUAGAUAGGAAGAAUAUACUGUAUAUACGAGGUCUGUCCAGAAGAUAUCCAGCCAUAUAAUAUGAAAAAUAGAGAUAUUUAUUAAAGAAGAUACAAGAAACAUUGUACACAGGACAAUGACACCUCAGUCCCCUUCAAAGUAGGCAUCUUGGGAAUCUCACACAGUUCUCCCAGUCACCAUUAGUUGCCCCAUCAUAUUUUCCUGAAUCUCACCUAUGGUCUGAAAUCUCUUCCCUUUCAAAUGUGGUUUUAGAUUUGGGAAAAGCCAGAAGUUGCAAGACGCCAAAUCUGGGCUGUUGGGGGCCUGAGUCACCUGGGCAAUUUGUUGUUUUGCCAAAAAACCCUGCAUGAGAUGUGAUGCAUGAGCGGGCAUGUUGUUGUGAUGAAGCUGCCAGUCACAGGUUGCCCAUAGCUGUGGCCUUCUGAAUCAUCUGAAUCAUUUUUGCAGAGGAAUGUGUGAGCUUAACUCAGAAUUUGAUGCAGAUCCGUUGCUCUACUUGCUCAGUCAUUUUCAGUGUGAUGACCACACAGUACACAUGCUCACACAAUGGCAUUUACCACCCCCACUGACUAGUACAGUGAAGUUGUCAUUGUUUAUGCUGCAUGCACAUUCCAGUCCACUCUCCUUGACUGCUGGGUUAUAGCAAUGUUGCACAAACUGUUCUUGUUAUAUUAACAAUGGUUGGAGUUUUUCUGGACAGACCUCAUACACACAGUGCUCUACGUUUUCCAAAUUGCUGCCAUUAUUUUCCAAAAGUUUGAUAGUUUUCAGAAAUGGAACUUAAGCCAAAGUCAUUGUUCCCCUAACACACUUCACUGAGGUUGGGCAGGGAAGCCUUCUAGUAAGUGUCAAUUAGUCAGAAUUCCUACAGUUUCUUUUGCUAUCAACAUUUCAAGUGCAGGGGAAAUAGAGGAAUAGAGCUUUCAACAUAGAUGAUCUCUUCAGAAUACUUUGCAAAUUUAUUCAGGAAGAAAGAUUUUAACUUACUUUUGCCAUUAUUGUUGUAUUCUACCCUUCUCUCAUUCACCCAGCCAUCACUUAUUGAGCAUCCACUGUGUGCCAGACCUAUGCUGGGUGCCAGGAACACACUUGGGAGCCAUAAAGAUGCAAUCCAGGAGGACAGGCAUUAAACAAGUCAUUGAAAUCCUAGUAUGAUCUAGAAAUAAUUAGUCUCUGGGUUAGUCAGGAAAGGCUUCUUGUAAGAAAUAAAAAGUCCUCCAAGGAGUUCAGGGUUCUGCUUUCUCUGUAGACCACAGUUUGAGCUGAAGGAAGAGGAGGAGCAGUGUCCUGUUGACACUAAUUUCUGGGACAAUCCUAUAGUACAGUGGGCAGGGAAGGAGAUGCAGGAUGGUGGCUGGGUUAGGUUUCCUUCCAAAAGACCAAAGGCACUCUCUCUGUGCCUAAACAGAACACAACAUCACCAAAACUAGAACAGAGACAGAUACCUUUAUGGAGAGAGGGGCCUGGUUGUACAGUUUAGUUCUGAGUCCUGAGCCUCAUCUCUUGGGGGUAUCACUCAGAUCCCUUUCUGGCCCUCAGGGAGAUACUUUCCUUCCAGCACACUGCCCCUAGCUUGACACCUUCUGGUGCUUCUAGAUGAGAUGGCCUGAGAUUUUCCAAAAUAAUUAAAAUUAGGGAAGAAUAAAAAACUUAAGAAAAGCCAAAAAACCUAAACAUAGUCCAUGUUAGCCAUGGAUAAUUGUCUACCAGGAUGCAAGACCUCUUUUCAUUUCUUAGACUUCUUAUUAAUCUGCUCCUCUUCUAAGGAUAGGACACUGAUCACAAUGACCUCCUAGGAAAAUUAAUAGAAGGUCAGUGGAGUUAAUAACCCUCCUUAGUUAAAUACCACUGUUCUCGUGUGGCCUCAGAUACUAUAAACUCAGAAAGGAAUUGUCUCCACAGAGAGGCCCCUUCACUCCCAAUUUCUAGAGUAAAAUUCAGGUAUUUUCUAUGAGGAUCUGCCCUCAGGACAAAGUCCACAAUGCCAAGUCCCAUUUCCAAACUGGAGCUGGUGGGAAGGGACCCUCUGCUGGAAGCCCAGAGGCAUGGAAGUAUGCAUGGGGUCAAAGUUACCAGGGCAGACCUGCAAGGAGGCCAGAAUAACUAGGACAGACAGAAUUUUUGUUUGUUUAUUGUAAGGUUGCCCUUACAGACCUGACUUUAAGCUUUGGGUUCUGUUCCUUAUAGUUUGUUGACUAGAUACAUGCUAUCGACAUCCUUGGAGAGACCUUUGGGCUGAUGAAGGCCCACCAUCUAGUCCAUGGGUAGAUUUCUGAGCAUCCUGUGAAAGCCUAGAUUGCACCAGGGAAUGUGGGGGGACAGUGGUCAGCUCCUUUCAUUAAGCAGUGGUCCUGUAUCCCCACAUGCCACUCUGCUUUGUGGGGAGUGAAGUAGUUACUGCUUUUCUUCUUCAAGAAAGGGUCAUCCUAGCUACAGGGAUCGCUUUUGGGUGGUUUUCUCUGGGAUACUUUAUCCACUGACUAACUCUAUGACAUUACACAUGGUGAGAAGUAGUGUCCAACUCAUUUCAUCUCAAAGCCAAAGAAAGCAAGACUAACUCCCCACUUUAUGACAACCCUUAAAGAAAUUCAAUGUCUGAUUUCCUUUCUUAGGAAAUUUCCACCAAGUUUUCUCUCCUGAAGCCAACAUAGGAUAUAAAAUGAAAGCUGGGGGUAGCACGUGCAAUGCAGCUGCUCUAACUUUCAGCGCGGGGCUACUUCUGACUCUGCCCACAAGAGUUCAGCAGCUUCCCGAUGACUGGCAUGUCUCGGUUCUGCUUCCUUCUUCUUAUGCUGUGUUAAUGUUUGCUUUCCAUUUGGCAGAGAGACAAGCGAGACACCUCCAACUUCGACAAAGAGUUCACCAGACAGCCUGUGGAACUCACGCCUACUGACAAACUCUUCAUCAUGAACUUGGACCAAAAUGAAUUUGCUGGCUUCUCCUAUAC